ACCCCUUGGACGUAAUGACGUCAGUACUUCCGGGUUCCUUGUUCAGGCUGCGUUUUGUUGUCGGGCGAAGGAAGAGAUACUGUUUUCUUCUUUUUUAUUUUAUUUAGCCUGUUUGUUUAAAAUAGUGUCGGGAUGAAUCGUAUCUUCGGACGAGGGAAACCAAAAGGACCACCACCGAACCUCACGGACUGUAUAUCAGGUGUCGACUCACGAGCAGAGUCCGUUGACAAGAAGAUAGCCAGACUUGAUGCCGAACUGAUGAAAUACAAAGAUCAGAUGAAGAAAAUGAGGGAUGGCCCAUCAAAGAACAUGGUGAAACAGAAAGCCAUGCGAGUCCUCAAACAGAAGAGAAUGUACGAAGGGCAGAGAGAUCAGUUGAUGCAGCAGUCAUUUAACAUGGAACAAGCAAACUACACCAUCCAGACACUAAAAGACACCAAGACCACUGUGGACGCAAUGAAAGUUGGUGCCAAAGAAAUGAAAAAAGCAUACAAGAAUAUUAAAAUUGAUCAGAUAGAGGAUCUGCAAGACCAGUUGGAGGACAUGAUGGAAGAUGCUAAUGAAGUGCAAGAAGCUCUUAGUCGCAGCUACGGGACACCAGACAUCGAUGAAGAUGACCUGGAGGCAGAGCUGGAUGCACUGGGUGACGAACUCCUUUUGGACGAUGAUAAUUCCUAUCUGGAUGAGGCUGCUUCUGCCCCAGCUAUACCAGAAGGAGUGCCAGGAGACAGAACCGCUAACCGGGAUGGAGUACUGGUGGACGAGUUUGGCCUACCUCAGAUUCCAGCUACAUAAUGGAACAAAAUUACAAUGCUACACAAUUCUAAACCCUCAAAAGACUUGGACAAAUAUCUACACACAUACUUAAUCAAACAUUGGGACAAACCUUCAAUGUCAAGACUUAAUCUUUCUUAUCUCAGUCUUGAUCUACAUUUAUAAUCUUUUAUUGCUUUAUACAAAAUCAAUCCAUGAUAGCUUUCACCAUUAAUCAUUGGGGUUAGUUUUUUUUUUUUUUUUUCCUUGGACGUUUGUUUUCUUCUGUGUAGAUUCUGUUGCUAUUAUUUGUUUUCUAAAGGAUAUAUGUCAGUUGAUUUACUUGGCACUUAAAUUUGCUUAUUGAAAGCAAAUAUAAAGAAAUUAUUAUAUGACCAUGUUUGAGGAUUGAAUGUGCAGUGUAUUAUUUUGUGAAAUUCUGCGAUGCCAGUGGUUCAAAACAGGCAACAAAUCGAAACCAUUUCAGUGAGAGAACAUAGAAAUGGGAACUGACUCGGGUAAGAAUGUGCCCGUGUCAUUUUGUGAGAAACAAUAAUAGACAAAAUCUUAUGCACUCCUUUUAUUAUGAGAAUUUACAUAGAAUCUCACAUUAAGAGCAAAAAGAAAAAAGCCAGUACACAAAACUUUCUGUAAAUUGAAAAACAAACAUCUAUAUACCUAAUAAAUCUACUGGAAGGGG